UAGAGAAAAACCUCAUAAAAAUUAAAAUACCAAACAUUGUUAGGUUCUGAACUUCAUUCUGAAUUCUGCACUUUGAUCGUCUUCAAUUCCAGCACGGAUGUCCCACCAAGGCGAAUCAUCGGACCCGAAAUCGGGGAAGAAGGACUUUUCGACCGCGAUUCUGGAACGGAAAAAGUCACCGAACAGGCUUGUCGUUGACGAGGCCGUCAACGAUGACAACUCCGUCGUCACCAUGCACCCCCAAACCAUGGAAAAGCUCCAGCUUUUCCGAGGGGACACUAUCCUCAUCAAGGGAAAGAAACGGAGGGAUACAAUUUGUAUAGCUCUUGCUGAUGAUAACUGUGAGGAGGCCAAGAUCAGGAUGAACAAAGUUGUGAGGUCAAAUUUGAGGGUUCGGCUCGGAGAUGUUGUGUCUGUGCACCAGUGCCCAGAUGUCAAGUAUGGGAAACGUGUGCACAUUCUUCCCAUUGAUGAUACCAUUGAAGGUGUCACUGGCAAUCUGUUUGAUGCUUUCUUGAAACCUUAUUUUUUGGAGGCUUAUCGUCCUGUCAGAAAAGGGGAUCUAUUUCUUGUCCGAGGAGGGAUGAGAAGUGUAGAGUUCAAGGUCAUUGAAACUGAUCCUGGGGAGUAUUGUGUUGUUGCUCCAGACACUGAAAUUUUCUGUGAGGGGGAGCCUUUGAAAAGAGAGGAUGAAGAAAGGCUGGAUGAAGUUGGGUAUGAUGAUGUGGGUGGUGUUAGGAAACAAAUGGCUCAGAUUCGUGAGUUGGUUGAGCUUCCAUUAAGGCAUCCACAGCUUUUCAAAUCAAUUGGUGUGAAACCUCCCAAAGGAAUUUUACUUUAUGGACCCCCAGGUUCUGGGAAGACAUUAAUAGCAAGAGCUGUAGCUAAUGAAACUGGAGCUUUCUUCUUUUGUAUUAAUGGACCAGAGAUUAUGUCCAAACUUGCUGGAGAGAGUGAAAGCAAUCUCAGGAAAGCAUUUGAAGAAGCUGAAAAGAAUGCACCAUCUAUUAUCUUUAUCGAUGAAAUUGAUUCCAUUGCACCCAAGAGGGAGAAGACACAUGGUGAAGUUGAAAGGAGGAUUGUUUCACAACUUUUGACUCUUAUGGAUGGGUUAAAAUCUCGUGCUCAUGUGAUUGUUAUUGGAGCUACUAAUCGUCCAAAUAGCAUUGACCCAGCAUUGAGGAGGUUUGGUAGAUUUGAUAGGGAAAUUGAUAUUGGUGUUCCUGAUGAAGUUGGGCGACUUGAAGUCCUACGCAUACAUACUAAAAACAUGAAGCUAUCUGAUGAUGUUGAUUUAGAGGGAAUUGCAAAAGAUACUCAUGGUUAUGUUGGUGCUGACCUUGCUGCCCUUUGCACUGAAGCUGCUUUGCAAUGCAUUAGGGAGAAGAUGGAUGUAAUAGAUUUGGAGGAUGAGACUAUUGAUGCUGAAGUACUGAAUUCCAUGGCAGUUACUAAUGAGCAUUUCCAGACUGCCCUCGGAACAAGCAAUCCGUCAGCUUUACGUGAAACUGUUGUUGAAGUGCCUAAUGUCAGCUGGGAAGACAUUGGAGGCCUUGAGAAUGUCAAGCGUGAACUGCAAGAGACUGUUCAAUAUCCAGUUGAGCACCCAGAAAAGUUUGAAAAGUUUGGUAUGUCACCAUCAAAAGGAGUCCUCUUCUAUGGUCCUCCGGGAUGUGGGAAAACUUUGUUAGCCAAAGCAAUUGCUAAUGAAUGUCAAGCUAACUUCAUUAGUGUGAAAGGUCCAGAAUUGCUUACAAUGUGGUUUGGUGAGAGUGAAGCUAAUGUUAGAGAAAUUUUUGACAAGGCUAGACAAUCGGCUCCAUGUGUCCUCUUCUUUGAUGAGCUUGACUCCAUUGCCACUCAGAGAGGAAGCAGUGUUGGGGAUGCUGGUGGUGCUGCGGAUAGAGUUCUAAACCAACUUUUGACUGAAAUGGAUGGCAUGUCUGCCAAAAAGACUGUGUUCAUAAUUGGGGCAACUAACAGACCUGACAUCAUUGACCCAGCACUUCUUCGGCCUGGCCGUCUGGAUCAGUUGAUCUAUAUUCCUCUUCCUGAUGAGGAUUCCCGUCAUCAAAUCUUCAAGGCCUGCUUGAGGAAGUCACCUGUCUCUAAAGAUGUUGAUCUGAGAGCUUUGGCUAGGUAUACUCAAGGGUUCAGUGGUGCUGAUAUUACAGAAAUAUGUCAGCGAGCAUGCAAAUACGCCAUAAGAGAAAACAUAGAAAAGGACAUAGAGCAAGAGAGGAAGAGGAGGGAAAACCCUGAGGCCAUGGAUGAAGACACUGUUGAGGAGGAAGUUGCGGAGAUCAAGGCUGCUCAUUUUGAGGAGUCAAUGAAGUAUGCACGCAGGAGUGUUAGUGAUGCUGAUAUACGCAAAUAUCAGGCAUUUGCUCAGACCUUGCAGCAAUCCAGGGGGUUUGGAAGUGAAUUUAGGUUUUCAGAGACUGAAAAUAGGACUACUGGAUCUGACCCCUUUGCUCCUACUGCUGCUGGGGCUGAAGAAGAUGAUCUGUAUAGUUAGUACUAAUCAUGUAUUAAGUCACAUGUCUACUUCCAAGGAUGUGUCCCUAGAUUUUCCCUCAAAAGGGGUAACUUUUAAGCCUGUCGUAUAUUUUGCUUUUCAUGUAUUCAAAUUACCCUGAAUUGUUACUGGGUUAACAUAAAAUAUGGUAUGUUCAUUUUAUGGAUGAUAUUCUCGUUAUUAUAUCGUAGAAAGUAGUUGAACAAGUGCAUUCUUGGAAGUUCUCAUAGUGCAAUGAUACUUCUUUUAGGUUUAUGUAUCAUUCUAAAACUUGAGCAAAAUUCUAUUUGCAUUCUUA